AUGGUGACAGGGGAGGGAUGUUGUUAUGUGUCCUCAGCUCUGACUUCAAACCCCAUAUGCUUGAGAGAGCUGGAUCUAAGCUAUAAUCACCUGGGAGAUUCAGGAGUCAAGCUGGAGGAAAAACUGGAGGACCCAAACUGCUCACUUUAUAAAUUCAAUGUGGAUCUUGGAGGAGAAUCCAGGAUUACACCUGGACUACAGAAAUAUGCCUGUUUUCUCACACUGGAUCCAAACACAGCAAACACGGAACUGAUUCUGUCUGAGGAGAACAGAAAGGUGACAUGUUUGAUGGAGAAACUGUCAUAUCCUGAUCAUCCAGACAGAUUUGAUGAUGUGCCUCAGGUGUUGUGUAAAGAAAGUGUGUGUGGACGCUGUUACUGGGAGGUUGAGUGGAGUGGAGAUAAUGUGUUUAUAUCAGUGUCAUAUAAGAGCAUCAGCAGGAAGGGAUGGGGUGAUGAGUGUUGGUUUGGAUCUAAUGAUCAGUCCUGGAGUUUGUUCUGCUCUCGCUCCAGUUACUCAUUCAGUCACAAUAACAUAGAGACUGUUCUCCCUGUGGUGUCCACCAGCAGGAGAAUAGGAGUGUUUGUGGAUCACAGAGCAGGAACUCUGUCCUUCUACAGCGUCUCCAGAAACACAAUGAGCCUCAUCCACACAGUCCAGACCACAUUCACUCAGCCACUCUAUCCUGGGUUUAGUGUUGGUUAUGAAUUGAUAAAUGAUUCUGGAUCAUCAGUGAAACUGUGUUAA